AUUAUCAGAGCGAGUACUACGGCCCUGGGAGCAAUUAUGAUUUCUUCCCGCAAGGACCUCCGUCAUCUCAAGCCCAGACACCCGUGGAUCUCCCUUUCGUGCCGUCUUCGGGGCCGUCAGGCACUCCCUUGGGGGCCAUGGACCACCCCCUGCCCGGACAUCACCCCUCCAGCGAUGCUCAGCGCUUCACUGACAUCAUGUCACACCCCCCCGGAGACUCGCCCAGCCCCGAACCCAACCUGCCCGGGUCCUUGCACUCCAUGUCCGCAGAAGUUUUUGGCCCUAGUCCUCCAUUUUCUUCGAUAUCCGUCAACGGUGGUGCUAACUAUGGCAAUCACUUGUCACAUCCACCCGAAAUGAAUGAAGCGGCUGUGUGGUAGCUUUAAAAAAAACAAACUGGGUCUAAGUAAGUGAUGAUCAUCUAGUCUGCUUAUUGUUAUGGUGUACAGAAAUGAAUAAAUAGAACAUCUCUCCUGCCCUAAGACAAUAUUACCUUGGGAACGAACUGAAUCCAAAUCGCUCCAAGGCAAGCUUUGCUCUAGACCAGGACAAUCUUCAUGUUAUGGUUGUAUCAAACAAGCAAGGGGACUUUUUUUUUGUACCAUUGACAAAGAAACUGGUGAAGCUGUACAGUAAAGUGCUGCCAUACCGUAGGAUGGCGUAAGUUUGAUUACCGUGUUGGAUGUCAUCCUAAGAGCCACAAUCCUUAGAAACUUCUCAUUUUAAAAAAGUAAAUAAUUGAAUGAAGGAAAGGUCAAAGAAAAGGGGGAAAAAAAGCUGCAAGAACUCUAGCAUUCCCGGUUAAGGAUGGUUCUGGCAUUCUGAAUUUGUUUGUUAAUUUUUGUCUCUCAGAAAGUUCAACAACAAGAAACUCUUUUUAGCUUCAGCCAUUUCAGCCUGCUGACUAUCAGGUGGGACAACUUUCUUUUUCCUUU